UUGAGUUUAUCUUUUUCUCGUUCUGGCCCGUGAUUGCCUGGAAAAUAAGUGCUCGGCCUACGCCACCCGGAUCUUUCUUUCAAUCUCGGCCUCAGCCAUCCGGCUCUAAUCGUAUUUCGCUACCCCAGCGAUAGUUCACGCGAGUGCAGUGUUAAUUCUCCCGAUCAGUAGUGCGAAUAUCAAGUGCAUCGAAAGUCGCUUCCCUACGGGUCCGUCCCACCCCAAGGGGCCGCGGAGCCGCCAAAGGGUCACUCCCGACCCAAUUUAGCAAAAUUCCAAGCCUACUACGGCAUUUCCGCGAGAAAAUUGGACAUCGAAAGUUGUACCAGGUAACAGGAGCGCAGACUCACAAGUAGGUAAACAACUCGCGCCUCCACCGAAACUUCAAUCUCAAAUCGAUAAACACGACCGCGCCUCCACCAAACCAAAUAUUCAAACUAAGUGAAAAACUUGCGUCUCCACCAAAUCGAAUUUUCAAACCUAGUGAAAAACUUGCGCCCCCAUUAAAUUGCCGACCGUCGGCGAUUUGUAUGAGUGUGUAGCAGCGAACCCUCAAGUCGAACCGGUGCUCGUGUGUGUAGUGACUUGUACGAGAGUUUUGUGACGAACCCCACCAACAAUAACAAAAUGCCGCGCCGCCCUCCCCCCGAUUGGGGCGGGGAACCACCCCUUAGUCGAUCUCUCCCCGGCUACAUGAACUCCGGGGACGUAAUUGACCAACAGACCCUACUAUUAAGAGCAAUCGACGAGCCAGGAAACACGGAACAACGUCUCCCCGCCGAUCCCUUCCUUAUCCUGAAAUCGGUACAGGCAGUGCUUGAGACUGACCCCAGAAACCUGGUGAGCGCAACAAAAGAGGCAAAGGGAUACAGAUACGUAUUGAGAACUCGAUCCAAGAAAACCUAUAUAGCACUACAGAAAAUGAACCAGCUCAUAGGCGGCCAAAAGGUGGAGAUCAUCCCCCACCCAACACUCAACAUAGUACAAGGCGUUAUCUACGAUCCCGACACAAAAGACGUAGAAGAAGCUAGACUUCUGGAAGAGCUGAAGACUCAGGGGGUCACGAACGUUCGGAGAAUUACAAAAAUGGUCGACAAAAAACCGACCAACACACCACUGGUUAUUCUAUCAUUCUCUGGUUCUAUCCUUCCGGAGCACGUGUAUAUUGGUCUACUGCGCACCAGUAUUCGCCCGUACUACCCACUGCCGAUGAUGUGCUUCAAGUGCGGGCACUUCGGGCACGGCAGUCGAUUGUGCCCCAACCCCGCCGUCUGCCUGAACUGCAGCCAACAACACGAAACAUCAAAGGAAAACCCCUGUGUCAACACAAGCCUCUGUAUCAACUGCGGACAAGGACACUCGACACGUAGCCGGGAGUGUCCCAAAUUCAUUGAGGAGGAAAUGAUCAUCAAAGCAAAAAUCGACAACAACAUCACCUAUCCCGAAGCCAGAGCCCUAAUAACCAAACGAUCGCAAAUCCCAACCUAUGCCAGCACCAUCAAAGGAAACACCAAGAACGACGAAAAGGACACAAUCAUAGCCCAGCUACAAAAAGAACUAGCAACCCUGAAGGAAAGCAAAGCUCAAAGCGCGGAAGACAAUAAAGACCAGGUAAUCAAUAUUCUUAAGGAACACUGUGCCAAGCAGGCCAAACAGCUACAAGCAGCCUCCGCCGAAAUAGCCAAACUCCGACAAGCUGUAACCGAGCUCUACAAACAUCAGUCCGCUCACCCCUCGGAGAACACCAACGAAAACGCUUUUACGGGAACGAAAGCCAAAAAGGGCAAGUUUAUUGAACCAACCUCCGUAGCGGGUACCUCUAUCGGCCCGUUCAGCCUGUCCGAACCUAGAAGAUCCAAUCGCCAAAAAGAAAAAGACUCCCGAAAAAGUGGCACUGAUAAAUCCAGAAGCCCCAACUCCAAAGCAACUCCCGACAUGACUCUGCUAACACCCAACAAUGACUCCGCAAUGUCUUGGUCCCGCUCCAGCUCAACAGCAUCACUGAAUAACCUAAAUCAGGUACCCUCAUCGGACCCUGACAACCCAUUCACCAUCUCGGAAUAAGCACAACAGCUCGCAAACGCCUAACCCGGCAGUCAGUAAACAACAAAAGCAAUUAAAUUCAACAGCCGAAACAAAACAAACAACCCUCCCGCGUCGACCCCGACCGGGGACGUUCCGGGUCCUCCCGAUGCACCCCCGGCGGCUGUUGACGCGGGCCCGGGUUUUACCCAGGCAAGUACUUUUAGACUAAAUGCAACAGCAAACAACCGACUGCCCCUAAACCCUUCCAGCCAACACCUACCAGACGGCACCCGGCCGUCAAUCAUCGAAACCCUGAACUAUAAUCACUCGCCCGACACGCCAACACAAUCAAUAGCACACAAAGAACUCAACAAUUUGGACUCCACCCCCAAAAGCCUAGACCACAGCAACAUCAACCGUUAUCCCCGCCACCCAAGCCCUAUAGCCGGAUGCUCGUGGCACCCAGUACGGUUUCACUACGGGAACAGUGAUUCGAACGAGCCGCAACGGAACAUCAAUACCUGUUCCACUAGUUCGUCAGCUGAAUCCGUUUGUUUGGAUUCACACCAGAUCAGCAAUAACAACAAAAACGCAUACAUCAAAAAAGCCCCCCUCCUCGCGCCGCCCCCGACUCGGGAGGUGCCGGAAACAUCCGAUGAGUCCCCGACGGUUGCCGGCGCGGGGAACCCGGGGCUUCCUCGGGUAAGUUCCACCAACCCCGUAACCCGACCGGAUCCAUCUGUCGCACUCUUCUCCUCUACAGAGUCCCACGGUACAAAAUCAGGCGCAUCAUUGCAGAACGCCAGCGUUACCAAAGAAAGCAACAGACUUCAAUCCACCUACAACGCAACUUGCUCACCGUGCAUCAAAAAAGCCCACCUCCCCGCGCCGCCCCCGACUCGGGAAGUGCCGAAGACAUCCGAAGAGUCCCCGACGGUUGCCAGCGCGGGGAACCCGGGUUCCUCCCGGGUUAGGAAUGUUCCUAUAACAAAUCUCUAUUCCUGUGUGCGGGAUAGAACCCAGGUGAGCUGCGUACAUGACAUUCAAUGUACAAAUGCCGCUAUGCCCGCUCGAGUCUGAUCUUGUUUCGAUGCGAGAAUUAGGUUGGUAUAAACAUAGUUGAUAUCAAAUAUGCAGUAGUUUAGAAUUUUCGUUAUUCUAGUUACCUCAUACACAAGAUAUUGAAUUUUUAAUUAUAUUAUCAAAUACAUUUUUGUCGAAAAAGUAUUUGUCAAAAUUUUAGUUUCUGUUAAAAAUCCGGGCCCCCUUCAAAGCUCCGUGCCCGGGGGGAAACACCCCGGCCCCCCCCCUCUCGAAGGCCCUGACUGCCCUGUCAAAGUAGAAAGUUUAUGCGGAUAAAUUUCCAAUGGGCAAUACAUUUUUUCAAUGUGAUAAUUAUCGACAGCAAUAUUUAAAAUUAUACAUAGUCGAAAAUUUUAUACUAUCCUGAUUAUCUACUUUCAACGCUCGGGUAAUGAGCCUAUUUUCGUCCUGUUUCUAUUAUCACCCUACUAAUUUGUAGCCGCUGGUUAGAGCAGCUUUUCCCAUCUUUGUUCAACGCAUUGGUUUAAAAGGUAAGGUAAUAAUUGGAACACUCGAUUCGAGUUUUCGUUGCGCUUAAAAACGAACAUUUUACAGCUUUCUACAGCUGGUUCUUAAGAGCAAGGUAAAACUACUGAUGCCAAUUUAUACGCAUUGCAUAAAUUGUAGGCCUAGAAAUUAGUGAUACACCCACCAUGAUAGGGUUUAUUUUAUGAAAGAGGUUAACCUCUUUACCCUAUAAUCGGAGCAGAAGACUAAGCUUCUUAUUUUGAUACUGAUUUCACUAAAUAAUCCCCCUACAAGUGAAAUUAUGUUUUAAACAGAUUGUUUAGCAAAUAUAAUGAAAUGAUGUGUUCAUGACAUAUGUAGGAUAUACGUUAGCCUCCGCCUAUUCAAUCAAUUCCAUUACAAGAAUCCAACAUUUGCGCAAUAUUUUCUUAAAUUUUCAUUGCAAAGUAUUAAAAAUUGGGUGAGUGACAUUGAAUUUUCAGGAGGAAACUCGAAAAAAUGCGGUGUACACACUAACUUAAAACCUCCUAUACUAAUCGUUUAGAAAUUUCGCAGAGUUCUUUGUCACAUAAUUGCCCAGGUACCUACGGGAGUGCUUUACAUAACAUGUUAACCGUUUUUUAACGAAUGUAUUGCCUUCAAAGUGCUAUGAAAAAUUUGAAAAAAUAAAGGCUGCUCUCAUUAGUCCUUAUCACCAUCACUUAUAGCAAAAACAUUUUCUGGGACCUUUGGCACCAAAAUAUUUUUUUAUGACAAAUAUGCAAAUGGUUCAACAUUCUUCCAAAGGCACGUCAUGGUUCUAAUAAUAAUUCGGAAGAGCAUUUAAUUCUGUUAUAAAUCAAUUUGGGGGCAUGCAACAUUUUUCAAAACUUUUUGUGUUGCACUAUAACAUAUGCUAGUUCACUUGAAAAGUUAAAAAAUCACUAUAGCACCGUGAAAUGAGUUAUGAUGAAGUUUUGGUAACAAAUUCUUAAUUCACCUGGCCAGUGCGUAACAAAUAAACGGUUUGCUUCAAUAGAAACAUGUGUGUCACGUUUUAGCUUAGCUAUGGGUGCCAUACGUCAAAAAACGUAGCAAUUUUUGAUACCUAACCACUUCUUCCCACACAAGUAUUAUAUUUUAAUAAUAGAUCGCUUGGCAAAUUUUGGCCCCUUAAGGACGGUACUGUACUAUUUUAUCACUUACGAGGCCUACAAUCGAUGAAAUUUCUAUAAAUUGGCACCAACACGUUUGCUUCGUUCCCAAGAACCACUAGUAAAAUAAUAAAUGGCCCGAGAAUAGUGGAAUACUUCUGUUUGAGGGCAACGAAAACUCUAAUCGGGUGCCCAAAAUAUCGCACUACCAUUUAAGUCAAAAGAUAGUACAAAUAUAUGGCAAACACUGCUCUAACCAAUGGUUUCAAGUGGGUUAAGAGCUAAUUGUAAUAGGGCGAAAAGAGGCUCAUGACCCUAUACAUAUUUGAAAACUAUGUAUAUAUUUAAACAGUUGAAUUGCUUCAUGCAACGCUUAACUAUACAUUCAUUUCAAAAACAAAAAUAUACAUCAGAAAUAAGCUUUGCACACGCAUCAAACCCAUAUAACAAAACCUCAUAGCAACUAAUCAUUACCUCCUCACAAGGCGUGUGAGGACAUCACAAAACUCCUUUUGAAUCAUCAUGAGGUGUAGCCCACUCUCCUCCACGGAGCAAAUAUCCCAUGCGUAAUAAAAUAUUUAUCUACAUCAUUUCGUUGAGCAAGAGAGGAACUCUCUCAUUUUUCGGGUCCUCACACACAACGGUAGAGAUGCUCCCGUUGCAUCAUUCUUUUCUACCUCAUCCUGAGGGAGGGAUAUUAGCCCUCAUUGUGUGUUGAAGUGUUUAUAACAAGUCUGCUUCG